AUGGUAAAGAGAAUAGAUAGAAUCCUACUAGAUCAAUUGUCCGAACCUAUUGAUUCCGAUGAUCAAUUACUUAUCAUCAAUAAUCUCAAUACUGAAAAUAAUGAUGACUUUAAAACUUACUUCAAACUAGUCAAUUACUUUAACCUUUCUGUCAUCACAAUCCUUAUGAUUUCAUUGAUAUUUAUCAAAUCCAAACUUUCAAUCAACUUAUGUGUAAUCAAUAAUCUUAUGAUAUUCGAUAACUUCAAUAAGAAAUACUUGAAACAAACAUUGGGUGAAAAAUCUCCUUAUUUAAUCAUAUUCUUCAUUAUCAUUCAAUUCUUCUUCAGCUACUUCUGGAUAAUCAAUAUAACUGUUUAUUACUUAUAUUAUUUGAUCUUUGACACGUUCAAUCAUAAUACUAAUGACGUGGAUAGGUUAAAGAAUUUGACAUAUAAAUUUAAAAGUGUUUGA